CUUACAGUAAUACCUAACAAGAGAGAUAAGAUUUUCCAUUCCAGUUGUGUACAUCUAUCAGAUAUGAAGAGUUUUGUCUUCUGUGUACUGGCUCUUGCCUUAAUCUCUACAAGCUACGCUUGUACCAUAGCAUCAGAGUGUUCGGGGUCAUGUGAUCUUUCCUCCAACCAUUGGGCGUGUAUAAACCACGCAUGCGUUUGCAGACCAAACGCUGGAAACACGGGAGACUGUAAAUCAAAAGAUGACUGCCGAUCUUAUUGUGGAACCCACCACGAGCACCAUUAUCAUUGUGUCGACGGCAGAUGUAGAUGUGGUGAACUGGAUAAUGACAAAUAAACAGUUCAAACUCGCA